AUGCUGGAACUCCAGGGGCGGACGAUCGCCUACUUCAGUAAGUGCCGGCCGUCCGCAAUAAUUACCGACAACUGGCAACUACAAGUGGUGCCGCAGAAACCACCAGCCCAGACCAUAGUUGGUUUCAGUGACGCCAACCAUGGUUAGUAUUUCAUUGAAAUAUUGGUUUAUACAGUUCCAAAAAUUCAUGCAUUCCAACCGAUAUACAUGCGAGGUUUUCGGAUAUUAUUUUGUUAUAUGUUUUCCGCAAUCACUUUUCCCGCCGUCUCCGGAGCACUCAAACGCAUUAGACGCACUGAAAGGCGGGAAUCACAGCUGGUUCUUAGUGCGCAGAGGACAAACAGUAGUGUAAAGAUGUAGCCUCAGUUUUCCGAUUUUGGCUUAGUCAUGACAGUUCCCCAACGUCUUGCUGGUUAUCCGCCGCACCACGGCGCUGCGCUAGCCGCCUCUCAACUUUUGUCCUAUUGACAAUUGAAGUCUGUCAUAUAUGACAGUUUGCGGCCUCGAUCACCCUAGUGGCCAAUCCUCUGCGUUUUCCUACUUUUCAUUGUCAUGCUUCAUCUUGCCUAUUGGUCUAUUCAUUAAACCUACCCGCAUCGACUGGACACCCCACUAAUACCGAAAACAACUGAUUUCGGGGAACCUUUGACCGGAAAACGCCUGUCCGAUGCCUCAAGACGUCAUCGUUGUCCUCGCUUCCCGGAUAAGUAAAUACCGUCUCCAGGACACCCAGUCCCGUCAAAUCACCUCCCCGUGUUCCAUAUCCUGUCUGAAAUCCAGCUGUCUUUCCGUCGUCCUGAAUAAUCCCCAAUAUUCUACUUAGGCCACUGCCUUGUGUUCUUAUUGGGGAUCAAAUAGGAGGGUUUCGACAGUUUGCAUGGUUAGGCCGCUUAUAUUAGUCCAGAAGACUGAUUGGGCAGAAUGUGAAUGCUUCCGGUAGAUCCUAAUUGGACCGGGGCAUUUAUAUGUGGACGGGGUGCAAGUAAGACAUGUGAGUGAUAAGGGAAAUCGAUUAUCUUUUCAUACAAGAGUCAUGGCAAAACAGAGAGGAAGGAGUAACCGACUUUUGGCCACAUUAGGCGUAAAGCCUACAUCAGGUUCGUGUGUGCGCACGAGAUGGGUUUUUAAAACCUGGCCGUCGUCUUCUCUGCUGUUGUUAGUAGACGCUGGCCCGGUGGCUUAGUGUAGUUCGGUGGAACCAUGUAAAUCGCGCGGUAGGCUUCGCUGGGGUCCAUAUGAUGCCCGGAAUCAAUAGUACACGCAAAAGUGAUGCUAGCUACCGUACAGGGUUUUCUGCCCCUUUGCGCCGAACGAAGGACUAGGUUGCGUUUCUAUUGGAAGAGUACGAAAUUUCAGAAGUUCGCAUAUUGUUCAGCUCGUAGCAGCCUGUUAUCUGUCCCCUCGUUCUACUGUUUACUCGUCACGACUGCGCUCGCCAACCCUCGAUUUGCACUCCCGUCCACACCACACUCCUGGUCGAUAAUUUGCCACUUCGCGUGGGCUCGGAGCCAACCAACGCAACUUUCUAUCGCUGAUUGGUUACAAGUGCACACACACGGGACGCCGCCAUUGCGGACGUGAUUUUGAACAGACAGGACAGAGGCAAGAAGCACACAACACCUUUUUGGUGGUAGCGACACACUGAAGGCUCCGCAACUGACGCUCUCCAGAACGAACGCUUAUCUCUGACACAAGUAUACAGCCAACUUACGGCGACCUGCCCUGUGUACAGAAUAAACUCGUUCUCACAACGUUCUGGCUUCUCCCAUUAGACGGAGCAAAAUUAUUGUAUGUGGUUAUGUUGAUCUCACGUCCUUGAUCACUACAAAUUGGUGACUCCGACGUUCCACGCACAGGACUUUGUCAGACCUUCCUGCAGUCAUCCGUCUCUUUGUUCACCAUGAUAGGCGCACCCGCCACCUUCGUGUACCCUCCCUCUGCAUCGCAUGUCUCUGUUAAAUUGCCACCCUUCUGGCCGCGGAAUGUGGAGCUUUGGAUUGCACGUUACGAGGCUGAAUUCGAAGCCUGCAACAUUACUCGCCAGGAGACCAUGUUCAACCAUCUGCAUCGCAGUUUCCCUGACGACUAUGCCGAACACCUUUGCGACCACCUCAUUCAGCGUCCUUUGGAGCAGCCCUACGAAAAAUUGAAAGAGGCUCUAGUAAAGCGCGUGGCCAUGACUGAGGAGCGCCGACUACGAUAA